AUGGCCCUUCGGAGUGCACGGACGGACGAGGUGCAGCCAGUUGAUGCAGGAGCCGGACGAUUUCUCAAGGUGGAAGUCGGGAGGCAGAUGGACAUAUGGCUCGACCAGUCGGACAACCUCGAGAGGUGGGAAACCGCGUCGCUGACAGCUUCUGAUCGGCGCGUCCUGAUCAUCACUCAGUGGAUGGGAGCGGCCAUGGCAAGACUCAACAGCCAACAGGCGUACCGAUACCGUCUUUUCGAAAAGUGCGGGAUGGCCAUGACCGUGGACGGCUCGGGCGAUGAUCGAAUCACCUUGGAGGGUUUGGACAAGCCGUAUACCUUCGCAAACGAUGAAGACGGUAGCGACGACGAGCAAGGUUCGGAGAACGGCAACGAUGAGCCUGAGGGGCGGGCGGAGGAGGGCGAUGGAGGACGUGAGACGCUCAUGGAGGGCGUUGACUCCAGCGAUGAAGACGACGGCGACAUCUCUCAACCCCAGACCGACGAGCUAGCUCUUCUGGACGACGACGACAGCAUGGACCCACAAGACCCGGAGGAUGAGAUACAGGGAAUGGAGAUCCCGGCAGGCUUUCGUAUUCAAGAAGCUAAACCCGUUGUUCUUGACAGAUUGCUUUUGCAGCGUGGAGUGCUCGUUAGGCUGGGCAUGGGGUGCUUUGGAGGGCUGAUCACUCAACAAUCUCAGAAGGACACUCGCCACCUGUACGACUACUGUGUGCAGCUGGAGCUAGACCAGAGUACGCACAAGAUGAAGUUGCCCUUAAACAAGUACAGCGGAGAUUCGGAUGCGGCUUUAGGCUCCUGUUUUUUGUUUUCUUAA